CUUACAGCUGAGGCCGCGAGCCAGAAAAAUAUUCCUUUUGAAAAUAAUCCCCGUCCUCUGCGCACGUUCAUGAAUGACAGCGCGGAAUAUUGGGUCGAUGCUGGUGGCAGCUUACUUCGCAUGAAGUUCCCUGCUAGACUUGAUCUCACUGGCCAGUACAGUCGUACUGGUCCAUAUUUCAACAUGCCGCACACUGGGGUACGUUGGCCUCGAGUGCAGUUCGAACUGCGUCCUUUGCAUGCAUCUGAUCCCCUCGGUGAUCAUUACCCUCAAGAGGCUCUGGACUGCUCGUCCAGAGCCUUGGAUACUCUGGUCGCAUUGACCAACGAGGUUGAAGAUGCUCGCAAC